CUUCAGAGCUGUACUAUAUUCUCAUAUAUUGCCACCAAGGAGUUGUUUUAGUUCAAGCUCAUUAACUAAUCGAUCCCUUGGGAAAAUGCAGGGGAGAACUCUGAUCUUGCUGAUAUUUUCCACCAAUGUUUGUGCAACUGCACUUCCUAAAAGGAAUAAAGUUCUCUUCCCAUCUGCACAGAGGUUAAAAAGAAAUCUAGAUUGCGACAUUCCAAUUAAUCCUGUGUUCCAGAGGUCACAGAAGGACGUGGAGCUGCUGUAUGAGUUUCUUCUGGGUGGGUUGAAUAUCGAUGACAACUUUAAGUGUACCCUGAAGGAUGAAGAACUCGCGUCAAUGAGAGCAGGAAAGAAGUUCAAUGUUAUUAUUAAUAACAUCAUCCCCAAGAACAUUACUGACAUCCGAAGACUUACUUACAGACUCUCCAAGUAUAGUGGGCAGCUCAAGCCUGUGGACUUUGAAAGGAUGCUGUUGACCCUGUUGUUCACAGUUUAUCGGGCAUCUAGAUAUCAAGGGCAUCAACAGGAUACCUGGGUAGAGGCAUUAGUGAACAUCUUUCAGGCUUUAAGACGUGAUUUAAUGCUUUAAUAACUUUGAUUUUGAGGGCGCUGGAUGUGAAAAAAAGCUCAUUUAAAUUCUAACUCUUGAAUACUUAAUUCUCUUCUAAUUCUGAAGAUUUUUGAUGGUUUCUCUGGUUUCCUGAAUAUACAUCAAGCUUUCCAUAGAUCCUUGCAGUACCUGAACUGGAAAACAGCCUAUUUCUCAAGAUAGUGUAGACUUUCUGCUCCCUGCAGGCUCCCUUCAAAUUCCCCACCAUCCUGAUUUAGGAAAAUAUUAGGAAUCCUUCAUCUUCACUGAAUCUAAAUCCUGGACACCCUAUUCAAGAACAUUAUGGGAAUAGAUUCACUAGAAAGACUGCAGUGGUUCAAAAAGGCAGCUACUAUCUUUUCAAGGGCAAAAUAUGAUGAGCAAUAAUGCCUAUGUCCAAUAAAUAAAUAAUAAUAAAAAUCGCAAUGCAUUCAAAUUAAAAUAAGACUAAUAAUAGAGACUACAGGUUAAAUUAAAACCAGCCAAGACCAUUUCUAGGCAAAACACCCAACAGAUGACAUACCAAUGUUGAAGCUGUUCUCUUGUUCCCCUUUCUCUUUAUUGAAUUAGCAACUCAGAGCUUAAAAAAAAAUCCAUUAAAGGUAAAUGAGGCUAAGAUUCUUUAUUUUAAUAUAUUAUAGGGAUUUAUGUAGAGUGCAAUAUUGUUUUUUUAUUCUAAUUUGCAUAUCAAUUAAAUAAUUCAUUCUAACUACUGCAACUUGCCCUGAAAGCUAAUUCACGGGGAACUGAAUACAUUUCCAGAUAAUUCUUUCCCCUCUGGUCCCUGUGUUUAAAUCCAAGGCAGAUUAAUGAAACGAAGGUUCCUUUCUCCGCAAGCUAUGAGAAUUCUAAACAAGAGUGUGUGAGUCCCUUUUAUAAGGGAAUCAAUAAGCUGGCAACAAAUUACAAUUCUUAGUGAUAGAUUACUCUUCUGAGAGUAGAGUUGUGUGGUGGGAUCUUUAUUCUGCAAUUGGCUAUGCUAUAUCUGAACUGAUACAGAAGGCCUGAAAGGAUUUCAAUACCUAACACUAACAUCCCUUAGCAAAAAUAAAAAUCUGGUAAUGCAAGCUGAUGAUGAAAUAAGAUUAGUCAGCUUUUCUUCAAUGAUAUAGGCAUUCUAAUUCCCGCAGAUUGCCUGCAUUUAACUAUUACUUGCACGUAGUUAACCAGAUUUAAAAAUAUAAACUGCUUUACUAAUUAAAAUGCAACAUGAAAAUAUGAUAGAAGUGGUUGUGUUCAGAUAAGCACUUUGAAUUUGUUUUUUCAACGUUGUUGGGUGAGGGAUAAUUUUCUGGGCAUUAGAGUCAGUGUGCAGAAAAUGUAACAUCGUGCUAUGUGGGUGGUUGUUCUUAUUUGCUGAUGUGUGUUUAAAGCAGUAGUAACCAUUUUCUGCUGGAAACAUGAAAGUACUUAUCAAGACCUUUAUUAGUUGGGUGAAUCCAACUAAACAUACCUUAUGGAUCAAAAAUUUCACAAACAGCACACCUGAGGAAGGCUAGAAAAGGAUAAUAAUAUGGAAUUUGCUCCAAUUACGAUGGGUCUAAUCUUUUGGGAGCUGGAGCAAGAAAAACGUGAGAUUAAGGAGCAUCAAUUAAAGGGAUCUCCAGAUACAGUUAGGGAAAUGUCAUUACCUUAACAUGGCUGAAAACUGAAUCAUACGUACAGACUCAACGUAACAGUAUUAUACACAACAAACGCAUUAAUAAUAUGUGUAUGUAAAUACAGAGUGAA